UGUGUGUGUGUGUGUGUGUGCGUGCAUGUGUGUGUGUGUGCGUGUCUGUGUGUCUCAGUGUGCGUGUGCUUGUGUGUGUGUCUGUGUGUGUGUGUGUCUCUGUGUGUGUGUCUGUGUGUCUCAGUGUGUGUGUGUGUGUGUGUGUGUGUCUCAGUAUGAGUUAUAUAUCUAGCUGUGUGUCUCAGUGUGUGUGUCAGAGAGAGAGAGGAGAGAGAGGGGUGAGAAGGGGGGAGGGAGAGGAUAGGAGAGAGAGAGAGAGGGGGGGAGGGUGUUAGCCAGAUUAUUCUCCACUGUAAUGUUCUCUGCAAUCGUUUUUUUUUUCAAAUUCAUAUUUAAUAUCGGACAUCCUGCCUAAGACACAGAGAGGAGCUGAGGAGGAUCACACAGACUCUGGAUAUGAGGUCUCCUCUCUUCUCUCUGCGGGGUCUCAAGCCUGCAUUUGCUCUCCUCAUGAAUCUCUUGGCUCUGUCUCUCUCUGGGAUGGCUCUGCUGUCUUCUCAUUGGUGUUGGGGUACACAGAAGGUCCCCAAACCGCACUGUACCCAGAACAAAACCUCGCGGUGCAUCCCCGUCCCUGGGGUGUCCCAUCCGCUGGAGGUGCAGCUCUCCUGGGAGACGGGGGACGACAGAUUCAUCUUCCCCUCGUUCCACACCGGGCUGUGGCUGUCAUGUGAGGAGAACAUACACUCAGAGACAGGAGAAGAGAAUUGUCGUAGCUUCAUUGCUCUGACACCACACUCUGAGAAAGGUAUGAUCUGGCUCUCGCUCGUCUCUGAGGUCGUCUCCAUCGCUCUCCUGUCUCUCAGUUGUGUUCUCCUCCUGGCUCAGCUCAGUGUUUCCGGUCUCUAUGCUGGCAGUUCGGUGUCUGGACUCAGACUCAGCUCUUUCUCUGCGGUCUUCACUGUGCUGUCGGGGUUGUUGGGGAUGGUUGCUCACAUGAUGUACACGCAGGUGUUUCAGGUCACGGCUUCUCUGGGUCCUGAAGACUGGAAGCCGCACAGCUGGGAUUUCUCCUGGGCUUUCUACCUCGCUUGGGCCUCGUUCACCUGCUGCAUGGCGUCGGGGAUCAGCACACUGAACGAUUACACCAAAACCGUCAUCAUGAAAAGAGGCGGGGCCAAACCGGAGGAGGGGGAGGAGCCAGGGGGGAGGAUCGCAGACUUUUACCAGCCAGCCCCUCCCCCCUCCCUCCCCUGCCUCUCCACCCUCAGCCCUUAUUACCAGCCCCCCCGAUCCCCUCCCCCUCCACCCGAACUCUACAGCGAGCUCAGAGAGGCGGUCCUCCAGCGGGAGACCUCCCAGGAGCAGGAGGGUAUCCCACAAUCCUCUGGGGACGACGAGGAGGAGGAAGGGGAGCUGUUGUGAGGCGGUAGGAAACUGCGACCCUGGUGGCGGCCAUUUUGUCUCCCGUCUCUGUAGCGCUUAAUAGGAUUUGAGCUCCGUGUUUGAGCCACAAUGGCGCAGUUUCAUAGCACAUUAAUAUUGAAAAGUACAGAAUAGAAAUCAAAAUGAUAUAUUUAAAAAUAUAUAUAUAUAUAUAUGUGUCUGUAAUUGUUGGAGUUUGUGGUUAGGAAAUAAACCUUGUUUGCUCUUGAGUGUUUCUGGGUUUGCAGUUCGUUUUCUCGUUGCUCUGGUUGUUAAAGCAGGGGGUUCGUUUGGAAGUGAAAUCUCCGGGAUCGUCUCUCAGGAAGAGGGACGCGUUUCUGUUUGCAGAUCUAAUCAGAGCCCGGGAUUUACAGCAGCUGCUGUUUAUAUAGGCUUCAGCGUGUGUGUGUCAG